UCUGUACCCCGUAGUUACUGUAUUCAGAUCAGAUACGUGCCUUUGUGCACAAAGCUGACAAAGCCCUCAUGGCCUCAUAGCAACUAGAAAACUCAAGUUUCUUUUCUGCACCGGGAACGGGCGAGCCCUGUUCGCGCUUUCAGCUCGUCUCCAAAUGCGACCUGGCCUGGCAGGCAUAGCGGCGGAGAUGCUGAGCGGUGUCACCGGCAGGGCAAGGCCGAGGCUCGGCAGCCUCUUCCUCGCAUCGGCAACCAAAACAUCACCGGCUGCGCUGCAGACCGGCAGUGGGAAUCAGAGAUUCCGGUCCACGUCGUCCGCGCAGGGUUUCUCAGAACUGGCGAGAGAGCGGUCAAAGACGGUCACUUCGUUUUACAACCAGUCUGCCAUCGAUGUAUCGGCGGAAAAGAUCCCUCUCUCCUCUCUCUUACAGCAUGAACUGUAUAUCAGAGCCUACCACAUGCUCAGUGACUUUCCACAGAUCAAGGAUCAGGAAGUCGAGGCUCGUUUCUGUAAACUGGUGCAGCAGCUGCUGGACGACCACAAAGACGUGGUCACCAUGCUGGCCCAGGGCUUCAAGGAGUGUCGCAGGCACAUCCAGGAUGAGACCAUCAUCAGGAACUUCUUGGAUACAACACUGUGCUCUCGUUUAGGAAUCCGAAUGUUGGCCACACACCAUCUUGCUCUUCAUGAAGAUAAUGUACGUCGUAGGAUUUCUGAUCGUGGAGGCGGCAUCCCUCACAAAAUAAUAGACAAGGUUAUGGACUACCACUUCAGCACUGCAGAGGAGAGCGUUCAGGACCCCCGCAUGAGCAACCUGUUCAACACCAUUACCAACAGUGGGAACCAGUCCAGCCCCAUGCAUGGGUUUGGGUUCGGUUUGCCCACAUCCAGGGCCUACGCAGAGUACCUGGGCGGCUCCCUCUCCGUUCAGUCCAUGCAGGGCAUCGGCACCGACGUCUACCUGCGUCUGCGCCACAUCGACGGCAAAGGAGAAAGCUUCAGAGUGUAGAAGUAACCCUCUGAUCCCUGUAGGUCCAAACAGGGGAACCAGGCCAUGUCAGAGGGCUUUUUCCCCACUUAAAGGCGGGAAGAGACGAGGUUUUAUGUCUGCUGAGUGGCGGCCUUUCAGAUCACUCUGCCAGAUCUCCUUUGUUUAGCCUUUGACUGAAUAUAAGCUAUGUUAGCUCUCCAUUGAAUGAUUUUGGUUGUUCUUUUGUUUUGUUUUUUUUGCAUUUUGUACCCCAUGGCACGUCGUCUCCUUAAUUUUUUGAAUGUUUUGUUUAUCGGGACAGACUGCAUGAUAAAAGAGCAAGAAGAAGAUUCCUGUUUAAAGAAGUUGAGAAUGAAGUUUCCUGUUUAUGACCUGAUUUGACACAUUUUAAACGAUGGUUUAGAAACACUCCAAGAUUUCCUUGAAGCGCACAAAGCUGCUAAAAAGAUCAAUGGAUCAUUAAAACGUUUAGUCUUUUUUCUUCUGAAAGUGAAAGUAACCUAGUAAACGAGUUAAGACCAAGUGUCCAUAGAGAUCAAGGAGCUUUAAUACGUUGGACCUUCAGACACCUUCAGAUUUUACAGAAAAAAUGCACAGAAAUAGAAAUCUGCCAAAUCCCUGAAACUCACGAGUAGCAUUUAAGACUUUCUGAUUUGAGGAAACUCACCACUAAGGAUGUCCCAAUACUACGUUUUAAUUUCUGAUAUACAGAUAUUGUGUAAUACAGGUAUUUACCACAUCAAGACGUACGUUUAGUUAUUCCAUAAUGUGGAAUAUUAGAAAAGGCAGGGUCAUGUGAUAUUACGUAAACAAAGAAGCGUAGCUAGCAACAAAAUGGCCCGAACCAUUUAUUGUGAACUGAUUUCUGCUGUGAUCAGUAUUGGAUUGGGACGUCCCACUGAUUGAGUAUUUCUGUGGAGCAGAGACGUUCAGCUGCCUUAAUGUGCAACGUCCUCCAUGGACUGAGUGAUUUCCUUGCUUUUCCGUUUGAUGCCUCCAUUGUCGCCCUCGGAUGUAAUGUUUUGCUUCGACCCGACAGGUUUUAGAUUUCAUUGUAAUCAUGGUUCACAUCGGUUUUUGACAUUUCUGUAACAACUCACAAGCUAACCACAUACCAGAGAAGUGUUUAUUAUCUACGUCGUCAUGUUUAUUUGAAAGAGUUGUUUGAAGUUUGCAUAUAUUUUUCAUUUGUUUAAGGAGCGAAACAGGGUUUCUUGCACUGUGUAACUUAUUUUAAUCACCUGCAUUUAUUUAGCUUAGUUACCUACAGUAACGAUAAUCUAGUUUAAUUCAGUUUAUUUAUUUCUAUAGCGCCAAAUUCACAUCACAUGUCAUCUCAAGACUCUUUCCAGUUCACCAGAUCAUCCAGUCAGAUUGAUUCAAAGUUUUCUAUCUAAGGAAAACCAGCUGAUUGCAUCGACUCAU